AUGCCUUCCUUGUUGUUCAUCCUAAUAUUGUUGAUUUCCCGAUCGUUACAGGCAUUUUACGGAAUCCUGUCCGAUUGUGACGAAGUCUUCAACUACUGGGAACCUUUGAAUCUGAUCACAAGACUGUUUGGCAAACAAACGUGGGAAUAUUCUCCAGAAUACGCAAUCAGAUCAUAUGCCUAUUUAUUACCGUUCACUGUUUUCAACAGACCGCUCCAAUGGCUCGAACUGGUCGCUUCGAACCUCGUUAUUCCUCCAUAUGUUCAGUUUUACCUUGUGAGACUCACAAUUGCUCUGUCAACAGCAGCUGCAGAAAUCCAUCUGGCUAACACCUUGAAAUACAUCUCCAAGGACCUAUCAAACUGGUUCCUCAUUUUCCAGGCAGUCAACCCGGGAAUGUCCCAUGCGUCGAUAAGCUUGCUGCCAAGCUCGUUCAGCAUGAUUCUCACCCUCGUGGCAACGGCCGCAAUUGUCAACUAUCUGAAAUACGACAGGUUCAUUUUCAAAAUCCAGAAAAACAUCAACGAAAAACUGAAAACAGUCGUCAAAUCAAAACGGUCUGAGUACGAUGAGAGUCUUAAGCUUCUCAACCACAUGUACACCGAGUCGAUGAUUACGAAAAAAAGACACUUUACCUUGGCAGUGUUGGCAACCACCGUGGGAGGUCUUUUGGGCUGGCCAUUUUCCUUGGCCUUGAUCGUUCCAUUUGCGGUUCAUGUUUUUCUCACUCAGGUCACAAGAAGUGGAUACUCCCAAUUGCUCAUGUACGGAGCUCUUAGUUUCGCAUCUAUUUUGUUUGUCUCCAUCUCUGUUCUGCAAAUCGAUACAUUGUUCUACAGAGAAACAACGUUUGUUCCACUAAACAUUGUGUUGUACAACGUGCUCCACUCCGCAGAAACAACAGGUCCACACAUUUUCGGAACUGAGCCUUUGAUCUACUACGUUCACAACCUUUUGCUGAAUUUCAACUUUGUGCUACCUCUGGCUGUUUUGGGCUUGCUUUCUCCAUUCUCGUUUGAAAAGUUCAAUCUCAGACAAAUCAAAACAAUCCAGUUGCCUAUCUUGGUGUGGUGUGCCAUCUUCUUUUCUCAGCCACACAAAGAAGAGAGAUUCCUGUACCCAAUCUAUCCGCUCAUCACUUUGACAGCAUCGUUUUUCGCCGCACAAAUAACUCACCUCUUUGGUGAUUCAUACCUGUUGGCCAAAACGUUUACGCUUCUCUCAAAACUUGUGCUUUUCAUCACUGUUGUUUCCAUUUCUGUCCUGCGAAUUAUCUCUCUCGACUCAAACUACGGUUCUCCGCUGGCUUUGUUCAGACAUUUACCGUCCUCCAAACUGGACGUUAUUGAGAAUGUCUGCAUUGGAAGAGAAUGGUACCAUUAUCCGUCCUCUUUCUUCCUACACUCCAACCAACGGCUAAGAUUUGUCGAGAAUGGAUUCCGUGGAAUGCUGCCUGGUGACUUUGCUGAACCAGCUACCAAUUCGUGGUCUGACUUGUUCAAGUCUACAUCUGCAAAACCUACAGGAUACAACAACGAGAACAAAUAUAAUCCAGAAAUGGUGAUCGACUUCAAAGAUUGCGACUACUACGUUGACUUGAACAUGCCCGUGGACACGGAGAUGGGAGAGGUCCAAGUGUUUGAUGGCUCUUCAACGGUGAGUGGUUGGGAGCUGGUCCAUUGCGAAGACUUUAUCGACACAGAAAACAGUCACGGAAUCGACAAACUUGUCUACAUCCCAGCCAACGAGAUCACUCUCAUUGGAAACAUCACUACCGAAUACUACAAAGCUCUCGAUUCAAGUGCCUGGUACCAGAAGUUGAAGUCAUGGACUCUUCAAAAGUACAAUCUUUUGGCUAUUUUUGUGGACAAAUACUUGACCGCUCUAAAAGGACACCCAUAUACCCAAUCUGUUGUCAAUCACGAAAAAUAUGCGCAAGUGAGUUCAAAAGUGGCUGACGGCUACACGAAGCUGCACGAGAAGUACUCUCAAGUGCAAUUGCCGGAGAAUACUGUCGAUUUCUUUACAAAUGGGGAACUACACCACCACCAGCUCUGCUUGGCUAAACGCAAAUAA